AUGAUAACUGGUCCUUCACUUGAACAAAUUGACAUCAACGUUUUCAAAGAAGAAGACGUAACAAGAAUAAAUAUAGAAGAUCCAGAUGUUUUUGACAGUCUGCAUCAUCUAUAUCCUGACGUUUUCCUUAUUACUAUUGGUGUUAGUGUGUCUUCUCAUCAUGUUUUGUCUCCAUACCUAGAAAUUUCGGCUGUUGGCAUGGGAGAUUCAAGGCUAGCGCUAUUGCGUAGGAAGACAAAACCUUUGUCAGCCGUUGCAGUGACUGUGGCCAGACCUGAGGACUUGCAGUGCUUGGCCGUGGCUAGGUCCAACUUAAAAACUCACCAAAAACUGGUAGCAUUCACCUCGUACCCUGCACCGGGCGAUUUGAAACAACUUGUGAAGCAAUGGAGAAGUCAACAGGACCGUAACCAAGUGUUCCUAGCGAUGGUGAACGACAAGUAUAAAGUGGAUUUGAAGCAACUUCCUAGUUUUGAGCUGCCGUUUAACAUAUUCUAUGAGAAUACUUGGGGUGGUGAAUUUUACUUGCCACUCAAUAGAAACUAUGCGAGUGAUGAUGUCGCAGCACUUCGCUGCUCUCAACUGGGUGAUCUGAAUUCUUUGUACUGGCUGCGAAUACCAAAUGUGAAUCAACAACCAGCUGAUAUUAAUGUUCAGGUACACUACGCUGAACUAAAUAGCUACGAUGCUUGGCGAGCUCUGGCUCAGGUACCAACUAAUGUUGCUGAAGAUCAAGGCUUUGGAAUCAGUUUUAGCGGAAUUUCUGACAGAGGGGAACGUGUGAUGGGUAUAACGCCUACAUCAGGCAGCGUGUCGGCCAAGAUCCGGUCGCCCGUUCAAUACCUGUGGCCAGUUCCAUCUCACUGGAGCCUAGAAGAUGCGGCCACAGUGCCGCUUGCCUACACAAUCGUGUUCUAUUGUCUGGGUAUCAAGAGCCGGCUAGUGCCGGGCACGUGUGUGCUGGUGCACGGCGGCGCGGGCGCGGUGGGACAGGCCGCCAUCGCUGUCGCGCUCGCCGUCGGCUGCCGAGUCUUCACCACCGUCAGUGACCACCACAAGAAAACAUUCCUGACGAAGCUCUUCCCUGACUUACUAGCUGACCACAUUGGGAAUUCUCGGGACGAUUCUUUCAAAGAGAUGGUUAUGUACAAAACCAAAGGGUGCGGUUGUGAUAUCGUCCUCUCAUGUUUGAAAGGAAGUCUGAAAUCUGUUUCGUUAUCAUGUUGCAGCGAAAAAGGAACGACUUUCGAUAUAAAUCAACUUCAUGACGAAGUGAACUCCGAGUUCGGAAUGAAUUGUCUUAAUUUCGGAAGAACAUAUUCAAUUAUUGACAUAUCUUCCAUAUAUGGUGAUCAGAAUAUAGAGGAAUUCCGAAAAAUCAAGUUGAUGAUAAGUGAUGGUAUCCGCUUGGGCUACGUGCGUCCGCUGUCGCGCGUGACGUACGCGCCGCACGACACCGCGCGCGCGUUCCGUCUGCUGGCCGCCAGCCGACACCGCGGCAGGGUGCUGCUCAGGAUGCACGAACAACUGCCGCCAGCACAACCUAGAUUGUCUCUCUCAAAUAAAUUGUGCCAUGUGAUUGUGUGUGACCAGGAUGGAUUUAGUUUUAAAGUUGCAGACAGAUUUGUCGAACGUGGAGCUAAAAAAUUGUUCCUAAAUGUUCCAAAUAUUUCAAGUUAUUCAUUGUUCAAAAAAGAGUUAUGGAAGAAACUCGGGAUCGAAGUCAGGAUAUCUUCCAAUGCUCUAGAUUCCAUUGAAACUGUGCGCAAUAUGUUUAACGAAGCCAAUGCUAUGGGGCAUAUUGAAGGCGUUCACAUUGUAGCCACUGUCUCAGAUGAUAAGGAAAAUGUUCACGCGACAAUGUAUGACGUGGAUAUCGUAUCUAGAGAAGUUUGUCCAGAACUCAGGUUCUUUACCGUGAUAAGUGAAGAUGAUGCUGUAGGUCGAAACGUAAGCAUGAUGAGAAGACAGCAUAAUCUCAACUCUGUAUCCAUACAUCUCAAACUAGACAAGUUUGAAGAUGUAAGAGUGGAAGAAGAUAACAGGUUGUCGUGGCGCAGCGCUGUUGACGCUGUAGAAGAUGCCCUGCUCAGUGGCGACGCUGUUGUCGUAGUAGGCCAUCCCAAAAAUCGAAAAAGACCAUUGGAUGAAAACAAAGCAGCAGCAGGUUUUAGUGGAUACUUGUCCCACAUUGAUAGCGAUGAAGUUUUAGCGACUUCAGAGUUCGUGUUUAUGUCAACACUUACACACUCGGCACAUAAUAUGGUAUAUACCGUAAUAUUUUAUAAAUAA